CGGUCCCGGCCCCGGCCCCGCUCCACCGCUCCGCGCCGCGCCCGGGCCCCAGAGUCGCUGUCAUUUUGUCCGGAUGUGGUGUCUAUGAUGGGACAGAAAUCCACGAGGCUUCAGCGAUACUGGUUCACCUGAGUCGUGGCGGGGCAGAGGUUCAGAUCUUCGCUCCGGAUAUGCCGCAGAUGCAUGUGAUCGACCAUACUAAGGGGCAGCCGUGUGAGACCGAAACCAGGAACGUUCUGGCGGAGUCUGCCAGGAUCGCUCGGGGCAAGAUCAGCGAUCUGGCGCAACUGAGCUCAAAGAACCACGAUGCGGUCAUCUUCCCUGGAGGGUUCGGGGCUGCCAAAAACCUGUGUACCUUUGCAGUGGAUGGGAAGGACUGUAAAGUGAAUCACGACGUCGAGCGUGUCCUGAGCGAAUUCCAUCGAGCAGGGAAGCCCAUUGGCCUUUGCUGCAUCUCACCGGUCCUUGCGGCGAAAGUCCUUCACGGGCCUGAAGUUACUGUGGGACACGAGCAAGAGGAAGGUGGAAAAUGGCCCUACGCUGGGACCGCAGAGGCCAUCAAAGCCCUGGGCGCCAAACACCAGGUCAGAGAAGUAACCGAAGCCCACGUGGACAAGAAGAACAAGGUAGUCACCACCCCGGCCUUCAUGUGUGAAACGGAACUGCACCACAUCUUCGACGGGAUCGGAGCCAUGGUACAGAACGUGCUGAAACUGACGGGAAAAUAGACUCCUUUUUCCAACAGACACCCCAGGCUCGGUGGGCCACUUACGCGUUGGGGCUGAUGUUGUACUUUGACCACCUCACCUGCUGAUCUUUUUUUUUUAAUCCCCCCUGUUCAUGAGGUCGGUCCGGACAUGAAGGUCUCUGUUGUAGAUCUGCCAGGAUUUGGGGAACACAUGCAUAGAUUCUCUGGGCCCUGGCCACUUCCUCUGCAGGCAGGUGGGGAGGGGGAUCUACUUCUUGAUGCAUAGGUGUGGGAUAUUUUACCCCCUUUAGGGUGAAUCCCCUUGAUAGGGAUUCUACCUGAUAAUGUGUCAGCUGAACCAAUAAGUCUGAGGAGAAGGGCGGCAUCUUCUUCAUCAGAGUAGUUGUGCUUGCCCUGCUAAGGCUGAUUUCCAGGGUUCUGAUAUUCAGGUAUACCUGGUCUGUGAAUGUGUCCUUAGACCAGCCUCAGUUCCCCUUUAUUCCCAGGGUGUAUUAGGAAAGACAGUGAACAGUGCUUGCUUUUGGAUCUUCAAAGAUACCACUUGCCAGCUCCCCAGCCUCUUAUGGGCUCAUUGGCCCAGCAGGGUGAUGAGAACCAUCAGCCUCAGAUCCCCAAACUGCAGGAUAGGGGGACGGAAAGCCUCUCAGCUGUAGAACUAAAAUAAAUCUCACUGAUUCAAACUCUC